AUGGAGAAUGAUUUCUACGAAAUGAUCACUGCAACAGUAUCACAUGAUAUGAGAACUCCUAUAAAUGCAAUCAUGGGACUCAUUUAAAGCCUUGACUAAUUUGUUACUUAAAAUAUUGGUAAAAGGCUUCUAGGAAUAGUUAAUAACUCAUCUAAAAUCUUGCUUUUCUUAGUCAAUGACAUCCUAGAUUUCUUUUAGCUAAAAAAUGGAAAAUUCAAAAUAAAAUUAGAAAAGAUUGAAAUUAGAAAGCCUGUUCUAGAGUUAAUAGAUAUGUUUCUAUUAGUAGCAAAAGAGAAGAGUAUUGAACUAAAGUAUGAAUUUGACGAAAAUUUACCAAAGCUUCUAAUUGUUGAUUAACAAAGAAUUAAGUAGAUUCUUAUCAAUCUAAUUAGCAAUUCAUUGAAGUUUACAAUGCAAGGAUAAAUUAAAAUAUUUGCAAGAUAUGAUCAAUCUUAAAAAUUAAUCUGGAUAACAGUAAGAGAUACAGGAGUAGGGGUUAAAGUGGAAGAUGAAAUUAAGUUGUUUAAGCUUUUUGGUAAACUUGACUCAUCCUAAGCAUUGAACACGAAGGGAAUAGGGCUCGGACUAAAUAUUUGUUCUAAGGUUGUAGAAGCUUGUGGUGGAAAUAUUCAUCUGGAUACUGAAUAUAAAAAUGGUGCUUCUUUUGAAUUUAGUAUUUUAGCUUACGAAAAUGAGGAUUAAUUACCAAACAGGUCGCUAUUGCAAUAAGUUUUAAAUGAUUAAAUAGCUAAAUAAAAAUCAUUGUUAGACGAAAACCUUCAUUCUGAAAAGUUUAGCUCAUACUUGAUGACUAUAAAUGAUUUUACAGAUGCUAAAAUUGAAUUUGAUCAAUAUUUAAGAUCUAAUGACUCUUCGAAAUAACAAUUAAAUGAGUCCCUAUAAAAUGAAUAGAAUUGUCCUUGCUUCAAUAGACCAGACAUUUUGAUAGUUGAUGAUAAUGUUUUCAAUAUUAUUACACUAGAGUCUAUACUAGAAUUGCAAUUUAAUAAAAAAGUAUCAAAGGCUACGAAUGGGCUAGAGGGAUUAAAUAAAAUUAUAAAAAGAUUAGAAUUAGAUUAAUUGGAACCAUGCUUUUGUGAAAGAAAUAAUAGAAAUUUCAAGUUAGUAUUUAUGGAUUGCAACAUGCCUAUAAUGGAUGGAUUUGAAGCUACUAUUGCAAUUAGAAAUCUUAAGGUUAUUGAUUAAGACUAAAUAAUGAUAGUUGCUUUAACAGCAAAUGCAAAUGAGUCUUUUAGAAUUAGAUGUCUAGAAUCAGGAAUGAAUGAAUUUCUUACAAAGCCUGUUAGCUAUGACUAAUUGAGAUUAACAUUGAAGUAAUAUAAUUUGUUGUGA